AUCUGUGGUAGAUAUAAUAAAUGUCACCUAGAGCAAAAAUGAAAUAGUACAAUUUAUAGUACCUAUUUGAUUUAAGUUUUACAUAAAAUAUACAUUCGUGUUUACAUAUAGUAAUCAAAACAUAACGAACAUCAUGAAAAGUGCAUUAAUGGUGGCUGAGAAGCCAUCUUUGGCCCAAAAUCUUGCUAAUAUUCUUAGUAAUGGGAAAUGCAAUACUAAUAAGGGUUCUAAUUCAGCCUGUGCUGUUCACGAAUGGAACGGCACAUUUAAGAACGAACCGGUGCGUUUUAAAAUGACAUCAGUGUGUGGUCAUGUUAUGAGUUUAGAUUUCACCGGUAAAUACAAUAACUGGGAUAAAGUCGAUCCUAUUGAACUAUUCAGCUGUCCAACGGAAAAGAAGGAAGCUAUGCCCCGACUUAGAAUGCCAGCAUUUUUAGCCCAAGAGGCAAGAGGUUGUGACUAUCUUAUUUUAUGGUUAGAUUGUGAUAAAGAAGGAGAAAAUAUCUGCUUUGAGGUGAUGUCCUGUGUCCAGCCCUAUAUGAAGGGGGAUGUUAUGUCACCGCAAGUGACAUAUCGCGCACGUUUCUCUGCUAUCACUGAUAAAGAUAUCAAAGCAGCUAUGUUGAAUCUCAUUAGACCUAAUGAAAAUGAGUCUCGCAGUGUCGACGCACGACAGGAGCUUGAUUUACGUAUUGGAUGCGCGUUUACGCGUUUUCAAACUAAGUACUUUCAAGGUAGAUACGGAGAUCUAGAUGCAUCUCUUAUAUCAUAUGGCCCAUGUCAAACACCUACCCUUGGUUUUUGUGUUCAACGUCACGAUGAAAUUCAAACUUUCAAACCAGAAACGUAUUGGGUUUUACGAGUCACUGCUUCGACUUCUGAGGGUCGUGAAUUGCCAUUGGAAUGGAAAAGAGUUAGGAGUUUUGAAAAGGACAUUGCUAAUAUGUUUUUAGCCGGUAUUAAAGAAAUUAAAGAAGCAACUGUUAUCAAUAUCCAAGCAAAGGAGAAGGUUAAGCCUCGGCCAGUGGCACUUAACACCGUAGAACUGAUGAGAGUAGCCAGUGCUGGUCUGGGCAUGGGACCACACCACGCUAUGCAGGUUGCCGAACGUCUCUACACACAAGGUUACAUCUCAUAUCCUCGAACUGAGACUACAAGUUAUCCAGAGAAUUACGACUUGAUGGGUACAUUACGUCAACAACAAAAUUCAUCAAAAUGGGGGUCAGAAGUCCGAGCUAUUAUUGCCAAUGGUAUUAGUAAACCCAAGAAAGGUCACGACGUCGGUGACCAUCCUCCCAUCACACCUAUGAAACCUGCUUCUGAAUCAGAGUUAGAAGGUGACAUGUGGCGGAUAUACGAUUACGUCACACGUCACUUCAUAGCGACUUUAUCGAGAGACUGCAAGUACUUGUCGACUACUAUAACGUUCCAAGUGGGCUCUGAAACGUUCACUUACACCGGUAAUACGCUUGUUGAUGCUGGAUACACAGAGAUAAUGCACUGGCAGGCAUUUGGUAAAGACGAAUUCGUACCAGUGUUAAAUGUGGAUGAUGUACUCCGAGCACACGAUCACAGGCUGGUUGAGUGUCAGACUUCACCGCCCGACUAUCUCACUGAAUCUGAGGUAAUAACUCUUAUGGAAAAACACGGAAUUGGAACCGACGCGUCCAUCCCUGUCCAUAUAAACAAUAUAUGUCAAAGAAAUUACGUUAAUGUCGGCAGCGGUAGAAGAUUGGUACCAACUAGUUUGGGCGUUGUGCUCGUACAUGGUUAUCAGAAGAUUGAUCCGGAAUUAGUCCUACCAACGAUGCGUUCAGCCGUCGAAGAACAACUUAACUUGAUAGCCGUAGGUCGAGCAGAUUUUCACGCAGUUCUAUCACACACAGCUGAGAUAUUCCGUAGAAAGUUCCAGUACUUUGUUCGAUCCAUUGAGGCUAUGGACCAACUUUUUGAAGUCAGCUUCUCGUCGCUUAAAACAAGUGGAAAAGCACUUUCUCGCUGUGGAAAGUGCAGACGCUAUAUGAGAUAUAUUCAGGCCAAGCCGGCGCGCCUGCACUGUUCGCACUGCGACGACACGUACGCGCUGCCACAGAACGGCACCGUGCGCAUCUACCGCGAGCUCAAGUGUCCGCUCGACGACUUCGAGCUGCUGUCCUGGUCUUCCGGCAGCAAGGGCAAGAGCUUCCCGCUAUGUCCCUACUGCUACAACCACCCGCCCUUCAGGGAUAUGAAGAAAGGGUUUGGUUGUAACUCGUGUACACACCCCACAUGCCCGUAUGGUGUCAAUUCUACUGGCGUAUCUGGCUGUGUCGAGUGUGACGGCGUUUUGGUACUCGAUCCAUCGGCGCCAAAGUGGAAGCUUGCUUGUAAUCGAUGUGACGUAAUCAUCAACAUAUUCGAGGAUGCGUCCCGUGUAGCGGUGUGUGAAACAGCGUGCAGUGCUUGUGGAGCGCAACUAGUGAGCGUGGAGUACCGCGCCGAGCGCACGCGCCUGCCCGCCGCGCUCACCGACAUGACCGCGUGUCUCUACUGCGAGCCCAGCUUCAGCGCUCUCGUGGAGAAGCAUCGUGCCGUGUCGUCACGAGGGGGAGGGGCGCGCGGGAGGGGGGGACGCGCGCGUGGCAAGCAUCGCAACAAGCAACCCAAGGACAAGAUGGCACAAUUAGCCGCGUACUUCGUUUAACUUUUUCUCUAUCUGAUAACAUCAUCACAGUAAAAAGGUUCAAACUAACAUCGAUGAUUUUAUUGAACUUGCUAAUUAUUAUUUAUUGAACUUAUUGAACAAUUAGCCGCGUACUUCGUUUAACUUUUUCUCUAUCUGAUAACAUCAUCACAGUAAAAAGAUUCAAACUAACAUCGAUGAUUUUAUUGAACUUGCUAUACUUUUAAAGCCUUGUUGCCGUAUUAAAAAAAAAAAAAGAUUCGCUAUGCGUUUCGAGAAUCGAAUCGUACAAUUUAAAACACAUGUUCGUAAUUGAACGUUCGUAUAACGAAUCGUUCUUUGAAUGUAGAUACUGGAUUUGAGUAAAUAUGGUAACGUGUUGUAUAUAAUGUAAGCUUACUGAUUUUUUACAGUGUAUGUUCCGAUGUUUGGAAAUUACUAAUCUAUAAUAAAUUUUGGCCCAUUUUAGUUAAAUGUUAUCACCUCUAUGCUGAAAAAAUAUAUUUUUGCAUAAUGACUUGAAAAUGUAACCCAUGGUCAUUUAAUAUGCACCGGAUUUUUUUAAAUAAUAUAAAUUUAAUUUCAACCUAAUAGUUAAUACAUUGAUGAGUGUAGGUAAAAUGUUUUACUGCGGCUAGUCGUUGGCUUACACAUAGAGUAACAACUUAGUCGCGUCUGUUUUUUUUAAAUAAUUUUUUAUAUACAAAUCUUAUUGAAAUUCUCUGUUAAGUAGAGCAUUUUACAAAUGUUUUGUACUGAGCAAAGCAUGUAUUAUUUAUUUUUAUAACAUUGUGUUUUUUGAAAGCUAAACAUUUAAGUACUUUUCACACUUUACUGUCAAGUAGAGCACUGUUUAGAAAAUUGUUUGAUGUAAACGUAUUUUAAUUUUAUUUUUUUUGUAUUUUCUAAAUUUAUGGCCGAUUUAUUAAUCAUGUGUUUAUUGCUACGCCCAAGAAAAAAUUUCCAUAAAACAAGGCAGUAUGUAAUGUAGUAGGUGUAUAUUAAUUUAUUUUGUAUGAUACUUGUAUUGUUAAUAAACAUUUAUUAAAUAA